UCUCCUUCUACAUUUUGGUUUGUCUGCUCUCCAUUUCUUUCUUUUUUUCUUCGUUUAUCUCCGUCACUUUCUAUGUUUUGGUCAAAAAGAAAGCUUCAGUAAUUUUAGUUAAUAUUCUAUUUGCUUAGGUUUCCACCAUUGUUUCAAAGUUGCAGAGGUUUGAAGAAAAUCGAUACUAUCGAGGAUGGCAAGCGAUUUUGCUAGAUACAUUGCCCACUUAAGGCAGUCACUUUUUGAUGAGCAACUUCUUGAUGAGCAAUUUCAUAAAUUUGAAAAGUUCGAAACCACCAAUGAGGGCUUUCUUGAGGAAAUUUGUGAUGAGUAUUUCCAAGAAUCAUCGGAGUUUUUGGUCUUAGUGGUGCCAAAACUGCAAGGACUUCCCUACAAUGUCCCUGAGAUAGAGAGGUUAUUUAAUAGAUUCAAUUCUUUCGUCACAGGUUUUGGAGCUGUAAAAGUGACACAUCAGAUCAAUAUCAUGAAGGAUUGCCUGAAGCGUGGAGAUUUUGAAGCGUCCAAGGCUGCGUUUGAGGCUAUUAAACGAGAAAAUGAGCUUCUGCAGUCCAGACUAGAGAGCUACUUCAAGACGAGGAAGCAAGGUCCACCUGCUGAGAUAGAAGACCGACCUGAGUACGGGUAUAUGGACAGUGACAGCGAGUAGAGAGUUGACAUAUAGGGCCAGCCAAUGCUUUGAGAAAAUCAGUCGGUCAAAAUAAUGGAUGUGAGUGGAACUAAAUGGGAACAUUAGGAAGCCACUUCAAACUGAUUUUUCUUUAUACCCCUAUUUGUAGUGUUAAAAAUUUGUGAUCUGAAGUCUACCUUUGGUCAUGUGACUCUAAUCUAUUUUCAUGUUGCUUAUGCAAGUUUGUGGUAUAGUCUCUUUUUAUGUUGCUUUUAUCCAAUUGUUUUGUUGGUUUGACAUGGUUCUGCCUGGGAGGGGUAUUUGACGAGGAGAAUUUGGUAGUGCAUUA